GAGCCCCAGCUUGGCCGUGCUCGUCAGCCCAGCGGGGCUGCCACUGGUGAUCCUCAAGGUGUUGUGCAACGGGGCGCCUCUGCGCGCCAUCUCGCUGGUGGACCCGGCGACCGGCCAGCCAAACCUUCGAUUCGUGGCGCCGAGGCCCGGCGGCCGGGUCACAGUGUAUCUCCAGAACGACGGACUGGAAGAGGGCUUCUUCUACCAACUGGAACGUGCAGAGCUCGGGCCCGGGGAGACCUGGGACGACUGCCGCCCCGCCGUCGUGAACGAAGCCAACGUCGUGUUCCAUGGCAACAGCACGACGGUGCGGCGGGACGUGAGCACGGGCGGCCGGUCCAUCCUCGUGGAGGCCCUGCGCGACGCCUCGGGCCGCACCCUGACGGACGUGGACGCGGAGCUGCGGGGCCUGCGCCGCACCAAGUGGCGCCUGGGCGUGUGGCCCGGUGUGUUCGAGCGCAAGCUCCUGGACGGGUGCGAAUGGCUGCUCUCCACCCAGCGGGGCCCCUCCGCCGUAAUCGUCAGCGUCAAGGCGCCCACGGGCCGCAUGGUGUUCGCCGCCUGCCCCGCGACGGACUCCCUGGACAGCCUCAAGGAGAGCGUGGAGCAGCAGCUGGGCAUCCCGCGGGCCGAGCAAGAGCUGCGCACCCAGGACGGUUCCAUCCCGCAGCGACUGUCGGACGUGCUGGGCGCCCCCUCGCCGGUGCUGUACGCGUGCGGCAAGCAGCGCCGCGGGGCCUGGCUGUGGCUGUACGUGCGGCAUGAGCGCGGCACAACGUUCUUGGUCGUCCCUGCCUCCGACACGGCGUCCGAAGUCCGGUGCUGGCUGGACGACGGGCUCGCCACGCCGCUGGACCGCCUGUACUUCGCGGGCGAGGAGCUGCGGGACGACCGCCCCCUGGCCGAAUACGGCGUCGAGUGCUUGUCCACCCUCGAGCUCCGUGAGCACGGCGCGGGUCUCCAGGUGACCGUGGAGGUGUUUCCUCUUGCCCCUGGCAAGCCCCCUGUGCUGGUGCAGCUGGGAGCAGACCCCGCGGACACGGUUGAGACGCUGCGCUGGGGGGCUGUCUUCAAAUCCACUCCAAGCUCCAAAGGUCAUCGCGCCAUCGGGUUUGUCGCCGACAGCCCGAGCUUCGGGCUCUUCAUGGAGGAGCGGGAGCUUCCCUGCAAGCGGACUGUGGCCGAGUGCGGCAUCACCAGCGGGGCCAGGCUGUGCUUCCGGAGAAGGGAUUCGGAUCUUGACUCACGAAAGAUGCAGAUCUUCGUCAAAUUUAUGAGGAGCACUACGGCGAUCCAGUGUUUUGAAUGGGAUACAGUUCAGGCGGUCAAGGAGGCGGUCAAGGACCGUGUUGGUCUUGAGACUGCGUCUAAGGAGAUGUACCUCAUGAUGCGAGCGCCGCUCGAAGACGAGCUCACUCUCUGCGAGUCUGGCGUCGGGGAUCAGUCCUUUCUGCACUUGAUGCUGAGAAUUCGCGGCGGUGGGAGCUCUUCAUCGUCGGUCGGAGCGGCGCAGCCCGCCGGCCAAGCACAAGCAGCCCCUGAGGGCGCUCAGCCCAUCGCCUCCGCCACUCCGCCUGCUCAGCCCACCGACACCCUCGCAGUGGGGAAAAUUGUAGCAGGCAAAUUCCUGCCUCCAGAGAAGACAAGGACCUGCCACUUUCACAUCGAUGACCAGAGGCCCGCCCUGAAGCUGCAAUUUGAUAUCUUCGUUGAUGAGGCCUGAUUUCAAUAAGAUUCUUGAUUGAUUCAUUUUUUUUUCGUGAUAAGCCCUGAAAGAAACCUUAGGGAAAGAAA